AUUUUAGCAGCUUCAGCUUCAGCGGAGUCCCUCCAACGAUCGACCCAACAAGCUGACACCGUUUUUAGUGCCUUCGCGAUGAGUCCGUUCGCUCCACGGUUUCGCUGUGCGACCAUUGCGCGCCAGUCGUGCCGUAUCUGGACGUCGUCGAUCGUUCGGGCAUCCGAUGAGUUGCCUAAACCUCCCCGACCGAUCGAUGACUCGACCUCUGCGCUGGACUACAAGCGUGCUCAGCGCACACGUCCACCACCCCUGCCUGUGAGCGACGUACCGCGUGCACGUACGGCGGAAGAAGCUGUCACCAAUAUUUUGUACAACACACCUCCACCGAACUUGCAACCAUUUAAAAAACAUAUGCUCAACUGUCUUGUCCAAAAUGAACCCGGUGUGCUCUCGCGUGUGUCAGGUAUCCUCGCUGGACGCGGAUUCAACAUCGAUUCCUUGGUCGUGUGUCGCACUGAGAUACGUGACUUGAGUCGAAUGUCCAUCGUCAUAUCUGGCCAGGAUAGUGUUGUUGAGCAGGCGCGCAGGCAGCUUGAAGACCUUGUCCCAGUCUGGGCUGUCCUCGAUUACACAGAUACAAACGUCAUCUCGCGCGAGCUCCUUCUCGUCAAGGUAUCUAUCCUAGGUCCUGAAUACCUUGAGGAUCAGUUUGUCGGUGGUCCUUCGCACGAACCCCGCCGGGGCGUUCUACCACACGAGCCAAGUUCUAAAAUUGAGAAGGAGACCCUCCUAGCACAGAAUUUUGAGCGGAGUGGUCAUCCUGAGCAGGCACAACCCGCUCACACCUUGCCUUCCGCACAGAACCAUGCACAUGCCCAUAGCCAGAUCCCACUUACCCCCUCGGAAGCUCUCCGCCUCAAACAUCAGCACCUCCAGUCCAUCUCGGCUCUCGUGCUGCAGUUUGGUGGGAAAGUCGUCGAUAUCAGCGACAACUCAGUCAUCGUUGAGCUCACCGCAAAGACGAGCCGUGUGAACGCGUUCUUGAGCUUAGUGAAGCCAUUCGGAAUCCUCGAGUCAGCGCGGACGGGUCUCAUGGCAAUGCCGCGCACGCCGCUUGCGCGCUCUUUGGACGAGAACGACGAUAUUUUGGACGAAAAUGGUGCAGUUGACGCUAGCCUCCUUCCGCCCGGUUGAUUUUUUGUGCCUCUGCAUUGGGAUCCGUUUGCAAUUUGGUAGAUGGCCUCUAGAUGUGCGAGGGCUGAUAUUGAAGUCAGCUUGGCCACGAAUUUCUCUGGCUGGGUUGGCCGAGGGGUGGUAGUCGCUUCGCAGAAAAGAUGUGCUAAUAUACAUUACCCUGUACUUGGCACCUUUUUUUUUCGCUCUGGGUUGAUUUUUUUGGUUUUGGAAGUCUAGUCGUUGGGCUCGCCGUGUCACUCAACCUGUGGUGAUAAGCAAAAACGGGGUGCACAUGAGAGC